UUGGUCAAUAUACAUAUUUUUUGAAUAUAGGGUUCUAUACAUUCUAAAUUUAAACAUAGUGAACUAUUCAUUAGCCUCUCUUUCUAUUUUAAGAAAAACCUAAUUUUGGAGGUUUAAAAGGUUAUGAUGAAGCAUAAAAAAAUUCCUAUCAAUUUCUCCAUUGUUUUUCAAAAAAAAAUCUUCUUGUUAGUAAAAAUGGUGAUGGACAGAGAAGAAAGGAGAAGAAAAAUUAUGGAACGAGGAUCAGAUCGUUUGGCGUUAAUCACAGGCCAAAUACAUAACUUUGAUCCUUCAUCACCGUCGUCUUCUUCCUCAUCAUCAGCUUCUCACAACCGCACAUACAGCGAAUCUAGUUUCAUGCCACAAACUCAAUCUGCGCAUCAUCUUAUCCAAGAAAGCCCAUCUCUUAAGUACCAUUUCAAAGAGGAAGUAAAGGAAAGAUCAGAAGAACCAAAACUUUCGUCGAGUGCUCUUAACAAACCCUCAAAAGGUGAACCAAUUGCAAAACCAGAAGAAGCAACGAGAUCAGUAAAGAGUCAGAAUCAACGACCUAGGAGUUUCUUCAGCUCCAAGAAACUUAACGCUAGCAUCAUAAGCUCAGAAAGAACUCGGAGUUUGAGCUCUCUCGCGAUAGCUGCGUUUGUGAUUCUACUCCCGAGAUUGAACAUUAUAAGCUCAGGCAGUGUCUUGACUCUGAGACCUCUUUGGCUGCUGAUUCUUACAGACUGUGCUAUUGUAAUGUCUCAUCUGACCGUGGAAGCAUCUGGAGGAGGAUUGGGCCAUGAGAUGGAAGAUGAAGGAAAGAGUAAAAAUGGUGAAAACUGGUCUGAUGCAGAGAAGCUUCUAGAAAGAGGAGUUGUUGUGUAUCAAGCUCUUCGUGGAAUGUUCAUAGAUUGUAGUCUUUAUAUGGUUGUUGUUAUUUGUGGAGACUCUAUUCUCUAAGUUUUCUUUUUUCUGUUUUCUAAAGUUUUCCUUCAUAUUCACAAUUUUGAUAUUGUCACUUUCUUUAUGGAAAAUAA